AUGGCUCCUUCCACAGAUCUUGUCGACUUUUGUGUACGAUUGCCCAAGGUUGAGCUCCAUGCCCACAUUAACGGCAGCAUUAGCCCCAAGACCAUGCACCAGUUGAUGGAUCGGAAAAGAGCCAUGGGCACUCUGAAUGAGGAGCUUGCUGCUUGGCAGGUUCCUGACAGCUUGGAACGUAUUCACGACUUCUUUGCAUUGUUCAAGUACAUCUAUCAACUGACUGAAGAUGAGGAAGCGAUUCGUAUCACAACCCGUAAUAUCAUUGAUGAGUUUGCUGCUGAUGGUGUCAAGUAUCUUGAGUUGAGAACCACCCCACGCAAAAACCAGGCAACAGGAAUGACCAAGGAAUCGUAUUUGUCUACAGUUUUAUCCGUUGUCAAUGAACCGCGUGAUGAUAUCAUUGUACGCUUGAUUGUAUCCAUUGAUCGACGCAACACACUCGAGGAGGCAUUUGAAGCUGUUGACCUGGCAACCAAGUUCCGAUCUCAAAACGUCGUGGGUAUCGAUCUCUGUGGUGAUGUCAGUAAGGGAUCAUUUGAAGCACUCAAGCCUGCAUUCGAUAAAGCCAAGUCCCUUGGUUUCAAGGUCACCUUGCAUUUCAACGAGAUUAUGGAAAACAUGGUGGAAGCGCCUGCACUCUUAGCAUUUGGACCUGAUCGCUUGGGCCAUGCCACGUUCCUUGACGAUGCAUCUCGUCAACACAUCUAUGGCAACAACAUCCCAGUCGAGAUAUGCAUGACAUCCAAUGUGGUGAGCAAAACGGUUGACUCUUAUGAAACCCAUCACGUCAAGGAUCUUCUCAAGGAAAAGCAUCCCUUUGUCCUCUGCACUGAUGAUAAGGGCGUCUUUUUCUCUGAUCUCUCAAACGAAUUUGUGAUAUGCGCAAAUACUUUCAAGAUGAACAAGGAAGAGCUAUUUGAAUCUUCAUACAGAGCCAUCGAUUAUAUUUUCGCUGAUACCAAGACGAAGGAACACCUUAAACAAGUAUGGAACGAAUGGCGCAUGCAAGAGUUUAAUUAG